GCGAAGGAGACUGCAGCCCGGGGCCGUCCCGGACUCAGUUCAGGGCUUUGUGCCGGUGUCUUACCUCGGCGGCUGUGCCCCGCCGCAGGACCUGCGCCAGCAAGCUCCCGGCCAGGGAACCGGUGGCCGGGCAGAGCGCGUGACACACCCUGGCCCCGCGGCCGGACUUCAUCGUUAGGGAACUGUGCUGUGACUCUGACGGAAGAUUGAGAGACGGGACGGAGGGUGAACGUCAUCCGGGACCACGAUUCUCAAACUUUACUGUGCAUAUACAUCAUGUGACGGUCUUGUAUUUAAAAAGCAGAUUCUGAUUCCGUGGAUGCGGAGCGAGCCCCUAGGAGGCGCGGGUCCCUUGGGGAGGGUGGACACAGCACUUCUGGUUCCAAGGAGAGAGGCCUCCACCGCCACCCGCCGGGACACGUGCGCCACGACAGAUGGAUUGCUACAAGGGGGUGACGGGCACCAUCUAUGAGUAUGGAGCCCUCAGCCUCAAUGAAGAGGAGCACAUUCCGUUCAAGCGGUACGCGGGCAAGCACGUCCUCUUUGUCAACGUGGCUACCUACUGUGGCCUGACAGCUCAGUACCCCGAACUGAAUGCACUGCAGGACGAGCUGAAGCCUUCUGGUGUCGUUGUGCUGGGCUUUCCCUGCAACCAGUUUGGAAAACAAGAACCAGGAAAGAACUCAGAGAUCCUUUCUGGGCUCAAGUAUGUGCGUCCGGGUGGUGGCUUUGUCCCCAAUUUUCAGCUCUUUGAGAAAGGGGAUGUGAAUGGAGAAAAAGAACAGAAGGUCUUUACUUUCCUGAAGAACUCCUGCCCUCCAACCUCUGAUCUUUUGGGCUCAGCAAGCCAACUCUUCUGGGAGCCCAUGAAGGUCCAUGACAUCCGCUGGAACUUUGAGAAGUUCCUGGUGGGGCCUGAUGGAGUCCCUGUCAUGCGCUGGUUCCACAAGGCUCCCGUCAGCAUGGUCAAGUCAGACAUCCUGGAGUACCUGAAACAGUUCAAAACCAAGUAGAAAGGGCCAGAGACCGUCAGAAGUGGCUACCUGCCUCCCACCUAAAGAACAUGCUUAACACUGGAUCCAUCUUUGCUCCACGUUCCUUCCCACCCAGUGUCCCUAUAACCAAACCAUCCUGUAUCACCCAAGCGUGUGUGUGCACUGGUGUACAUACGUUCAUGAGUGUGUUUGAAAACAAGGGAAAGAAUACCUUUGUCCCCAACUCUCUGCUCCCAAAAUUUCAAGUUUUUUCCACUCCAUCCCAAAGGAAAAACAUAUUUCAGGGUAGAUGGUUCAGAUGACCCAAUGUCCCUAAAAAGGCAAUGCCCAGAAGUUCUGACAUCUGUCCUUUCUCCAUCCUGAAGGUUUAAAGAAGCAGAAACUGGACGACUCUCAGGAUGCCUUUCUCUCUUCCGAGAUAAACCUGCGUUGUUAAGCUCUUCCUGUCCCGAAUGCCGUCUUCACUCCCCCCAGUGCCCUGUAAGUUCUCUUUCUUACAGGAUCUCUGAAGGCUGGCCUCACAUGAAAGGAGGGGCAUCUCCAUGGUGGGUCCCAAAACCCCUCUGGGUCGGACCCUACCAGAGCCUGCCUUGGUGCCUGUCCCCUGUGCAUUCAGGCCACGGCACCUGGGCAGGGAUGUCCCUUCAUUCUGAAGGAUGGGCUUUCCCCUCACCCUCAGCUGCUCCACCUUCAAACUCCUUCUUAUCUCUGUCUCAAAUAAAGAGAAUUCUGCAGCAGUGGGCUUCCCUCAGUGUUUUCCCACCCCCAUAUUAUGUCUGGGACAUCUUCCUCUCUCACUUGGUCCCUGCUUCCUCUGAUCCGUCACCU